UUUAUUUGCAGAGAGUGUCCUGUGUUCACUGUCCUCUCUCUGUCCACAACGGAUCCAUACCUCCCUCUCAAGUUUCAACCCUCACCACUCACCACCCCUUUCUCUCUCUCUCUCUCUCUCUCUACACUGCUGAGUGAGUGUUUGAGUGAGAUAUGGGUUGGACUAUCGUUUUCUUUCCCUCGUGAAGUGCAUGUGAACCUUGCUGAUGAGAGAUCUGGACACCUUAAUAAUCCAAAAGGGUCAUCUUCCCCUUUUCUUUCUCUCUCAUUCAGGUGCUUGAAAUUUGAACUUCCAAGCUGGCUUCUUUGCUGCACCAGCAUAAAGUUCACUCUUUUAGCUUUUUCUACCUUCGUUUAGCUCAAUGGGGUUAGAGGAAUACUUGGUUUUGUUUAUGGAGUGUGCCGUGUAGCAACAGGGAAGUUCUGUUGAGUGUUGAUUAAUAAUUCCUCCACUUGAAGUGUGUUUCUUGUGUCUUUGUGGAGUUAAGUUUGCUUAAUGGGAUAAUUGACUGCAAGACCUGGUGUUUCUCCCCCUUUUGGUAAAAAUGCGAGAUUUUUUAUCUUAUGUCUUUAAUUUAGAAGAGAUAUUGGUGUCAGAAAGGUUGGUGUUCUGAUCAUGACUAGGGCUGUCCGCAAUAGGGUACUCAAGGAUGCCAAUGGUGAUGUCAGUGAUCAUCUACGCAAUCACAUACAUUUAACAAAUUGCAUUCACUUGAAGAACCACAUGCACAAGAACAGCCCUAUCCUGGCUGAUAGGUCCCUCAUGAGGGACCUUGUUGUGCUUCAGAGGUCACGUUCCCUCAGGGACCCUUCGGCCAGCCCUCAAUCAUGGAACUCACCUUCUGUGGUUGAUAUGCUUUUCAAAAAGGUUGAAAAUGAUGUCAUGCUUCAUGGAGGAAGAAGGUCUGUGGGCGGGGAGCGCAGGAAGGAAGGGAGGAGGUUGUCCGGAACCUCGCCGCCCUUGGUGAGCAUAGGUACAUCAAGAGUUGCUCCAGGUGAUGCUAGUAGAGGCAAUGAUGGGGUGCCAGCAACUAGUGAGCGAAGUAGCAAGAGUGGAAUUGGGGAUGGGAAGAGAGUUGGGAGAGAAGAAUCUGGUAGAAAGAGUGAUAGGCCUGAUUAUGUGGAUGUUAGUCAAGAACAGCAUCUAAGUCAAGCUGCCAAAACUUUGUCUGAAGAUGUUGCUUCAAGGCACUCUGAAUCUAAAGGGAGAAAGAAACAUAAAGGGAAAAAUGUUCGAGAUGUUCAAGUUAAGACCCUUUCUGAACAGCUUAAUGAUAUUCCAUUGGAUAGUGAUGAUUUAGCAUCAUCAAACAUUCAUUUUCGUGGAAGGUUUCCUAGACAAGAGAAAAUCAUUGAGGAGGCAGAAGCCAGUGUGCGUGGUCAUGGAAGUCGGGUAAAGAGGCGUAAAUUUCGAAGUGCAAGAAGAGCUCGUGUGGCUACAGCAUCAAGAGAUACUGGUGCUGAGAAUGAAUUAUCUGUGGCCUCCAACUCAUUAGCUCAUGGUUCAUCCCACCAGAGAUAUCACUCAGAGGAGGCUGAUGAGUUCCUAGAUGGAAAUGUUACUAGAGCUCCAAAAAAUGGUUGUGGUAUUCCAUGGAAUUGGUCCAGGAUUCAUCAUAGAGGUAAAACAUUCCUUGACAUGGCAGGGAGAAGUUUUACUUGUGGUUUAUCUGACUCAAGAUUAAGGAAAGGGUUAAAUGGCAAUGGAAGAAAUAUUUCUGAAAUGCCUGUGGCAUCUGAGAACUCAGGUUCAUCUACUAAAUCUGAUGCAGAAGCAAUGCCUUUAUUACUUGAUGCAUCUGGGAGCACUGAAAAUGCGUGUUGGUCCCAUGACUAUUCCGGGGAACUUGGUCUUUUUGGUGAUAACUUGUUCAACCGUGAUAUUGAUUCUGACCUUGCUUCUGAAGCUAGAUCUGGUGACCAACAUAAGUUGAGAGGGAAUGGUCAUGGUAGACAUCAAAGCUUAACACAAAAGUAUAUGCCGCGAACCUUCAGAGAUAUGGUUGGACAGAGUUUAGUGGCACAAGCUCUUUCGAAUGCAGUAAUGAGGAGAAAAGUUGGGUUGUUGUAUGUGUUUUAUGGUCCCCAUGGCACCGGAAAAACUUCCUGUGCCCGCAUAUUUGCCAGAGCAUUGAAUUGUAACUCUUCAGAACACCCGAAACCUUGUGGCUUUUGCAAUUAUUGCAUGGCACAUGAUAUGGGCAAGAGUAGAAAUAUAAGGGAAGUUGGCCCAGUCAGUAAUUUUGACUUCGAGAGCAUCAUGGAUCUUCUUGACCAUAUGAUUGUAUCCCAGCUCCCAUCACAGUACAGAGUGUUCAUUUUUGAUGACUGUGAUACUUUAUCAGUGGAUUGUUGGAAUGCCAUAUCAAAGGUCAUUGAUCGAGCACCUAGACGUGUGGUUUUUAUCCUUGUCAGUUCUAGUCUUGAUGUCCUGCCUCAUAUAAUAAUAUCCAGGUGUCAAAAAUUCUUUUUUCCAAAGCUGAAGGAUGGAGAUAUUAUAUAUACAUUGCAGUUGAUUGCAACCAAGGAAGGUCUAGAUAUUGAUAAGGAUGCCUUGAAACUCAUUGCAUCAAGAUCUGAUGGAUCGUUGAGAGAUGCUGAGAUGACCCUUGAACAACUUAGUUUGCUUGGGCAGAGAAUAUCUGUUCCUCUUGUUCAGGAACUGGUAGGGCUUAUCUCUGAUGAGAAAUUGAUUGAUCUACUUGAUUUGGCAUUAUCUGCUGACACAGUCAAUACUGUGAAGAAUUUGAGGGUGAUCAUGGAAACUGGUGUUGAGCCAUUAGCUUUAAUGUCACAGCUCGCCACAGUAAUAACUGAUAUACUUGCUGGGACCUAUGACUUCACAAAAGAAAGGCGAAGAAGAAAGUUCUUCCGGAGACAGCCGUUGUCUAAAGAAGACAUGGAAAAGCUUCGCCAAGCACUAAAAACAUUAUCUGAGGCUGAAAAGCAGUUGAGGAUGUCCAAUGAUAAGCUUACGUGGUUGACAGCUGCAUUGCUUCAACUUGCUCCUGACCAACAAUAUGUGAUGCCUACUUCAUCUGAUAAUAGCUUCAACCAUAGUCCCCUAGCUCUAAACAAUUCUGGUGUGAGAGAAGCAACCAGAAUAAAUGGAAACCCUGUUGAAAUUUCCAGCAAAGCAAGACAAUUAUCAGUAGAUUCUAGAUUAGAAAACUUCCAUGCGGGACACUCAGCUAAUGGUAUGACAAAGGAUCCUAGUACAGAGAAAAGAAGACUCAGUGUGUCUGGUUCUGCCACUCAACAAACUUAUUCCCAUAUGGCCAACAAGAGUAGAAUGAAUGAAAGGCAGAUAUUGAAUAAAAACCAUAAAGGUAUUGAAGAGAUGUGGUUAGAGGUUCUUGAGAGGAUUCAAGUUACUGGACUGAGAGAAUUUUUGUAUAAAGAAGGCAAGCUGAUCUCUGUCAAUUUUGGAGCAGCUCCAACUGUGCAGCUAAUGUUUAGUUCUCAAAUGACCAAAUCCACGGCUGAGAAGUUCACAGGUCACAUUUUACAAGCAUUUGAAUCUGUCCUCGGAACAUCCGUAACGAUAGAAAUUAGAUGCGAGUCAACUAGAGAUGCGGGCUCAGCUGUUCAACUUCCUCUUACAUUGCCUGCUACCGAUGAUAGUUCGUCACAAAUUAGAGAAUUAAGUGGUGUCGGUGUUGCUCGAGCUCAUCCAAGGGGUGAAAUCAUAGAAGAAGCAGCCUCUCCAGCAGAGCACAAGAAUGAUGCACAGCAAGUUGAUGCUCAUGCAACAUCUUACAGAAGUGUAGAAGGUUCAAGUAUAGGGCAAGCAUCAGCUUCCCAAAGAAAUCCAAUAGUUAAGUCUCACUUGGACCGCAGAAAGCUUAGGGAACAAGGUCAAAGUAAAAGCAUUGUAAAAAGUAAGGUAUCUCUUGCUCAUGUAAUCCAGCAGGCGGAAAGCCAGCGAAGUGGGUGGUCGAAACGCAAAGCAGUUUCCAUUGCUGAAAAGCUUGAACUAGAGAAUCUGAAACUGGAACCAAGAUCAAGGAGCUUACUUUGCUGGAAAGCAUCAAGAGCAACCCGUCAGAAGCUGUCCCGCUUGAAAAUUCGAACCCGAAAACCAAGAGCAUUGCUGAAGUUAGUCUCAUGUGGGAGAUGUCUCUCUUCAAAAUCUCCAAGAUAGUUUUUGGAAUCUCUCAGAGGAUCCAUCCCACUGCCAUUGUAAUUUGUAUUUGUCUGUAUUUAGGCCGUUUUUUUUUUCCUCCUCAUGUUAUAGGGUCCAAUUUCAUAAGGCCAAGCCUUAUUUUCAUUUAAUCUAAUAAAAAGCAUGUAGUUAUAUAUCUAAUGAAGAAAAAUUAGGAAUGUAGUUGAUGUAGUUAUUCCAUUUUAGCGAUAAGAUGUUGUAUAUUUUUCCUUCCAGGCAUAAAUUUGAUGAGAAAUUUAAAUUUAGAUUCAAUUCAAAAUUUUAUUAACUACUAUGGCAGUAUCUUUUGUA